UACCGUCUCAACUCGCCACCCCGCGGUCUCCGCAACCCGACAGAGUUCAAACUCGUAUUACUACUAGUACUUCAACAACCAAACCCCUAAACCCUACCCCCCGGUCCCCAUUCCCACCCAACCAAAGCGCCCAGCUCCUCCGCUCUCCCUCCGAGCCGAUGGCGUCCCCGUCGUGGGUCAUCCUGAGCCGGAAGGCGACCGCGCCCGCCGCCGGCGACGACGGCCUCCCGCAGGCCGCCGCGCUCUCCCUCGCCCUCGCCGCGCCGCCGCGGGUCACCACCGUCAAGCUGCGCCCGGCCGCCUGCACCGUCGAGCCGGACCCCGCCUGCAGGCACAAGUCCCCCUGCGUCCUCGCCGCCGACCCCUCCGGCCUCCUCCUCCUCCUCACCCCGCCGCCCCUCUCCGAGCGGGACGACGGGGAGCUGCGCACCAGCCGUGACGCCAGAGGCGUCGAGCGCACCAUCCGCAUCGGCCGUGUCCCCAGGCCGCGCUACGUCGUCUGCGACCUCUCCUCCGCCACCGCCACCGCCUCGCCCGUCCCCGACCCCCACGAUCUCAUCUUCAACAACGACCUCGGCGUCAUCGCCGCGCCAGGGGGCGGCGGCCAAUUCAUGGUGGUCGAGUUCCAGACCAUCGUCGGCGGCCGCGAAGCCACCCUCCUCUGCUUCUCGUCCGAGAGCGGCAAGUGGGCCAGGAAGAAGGUCGCCAACCCCCUGCCGCGUUGGAUGUGGACCUUCUCCGACAUCGUCUCCCACGGCGGCAAGCUCUGGUGGGUGGAUUGCGUGGCGGGCCUUCUCGCGUGCGAUCCCUUCGCCGAUGAGCCGGCCAUGGAGUAUGUCCAGCUCCCGGCUGGGGACGUUCAGCACGGCCAUGGUUGCGGCUACUGCGCCGAGAGAGAGCUCGGCUCCCGCCGCGUCGUGCAGGUCAGCAACGGCGUCUUCCGGUGCGUCGAGAUGAGCUGUGCAAGCCACGGCGCUCCCAAGGUUUCCAUGCGCACGCUGGCUGACCCGAGCACCGCAGAAUGGACGUUUGAGUACGAGGCGAGCUUUUCUGAGAUCUGGGCCGGUGACUCGUACAAGGCGGCGGGGCUGCCGAAGAAGGCUCCCGUACUCGCUCUCGUCCACCCCAACAAUCCAGACGUGGUAUACUUCUUCCUGCAACAGCGCCUCUUCGGCGUCAACAUGCGCGCUAGGGAGGUCGUGGAGUGCGAGCCCUUGGACCCGGCCAAGUCGCAGAAGAAAGGCAGCUACUCUUCCGGGCUGCUACUCUUCCGGGCUCGUUUUCCCAUUUGAGCUUCCUCCCAUGUUCUCCGCAGGUUCAUCAGGGCUGAGUGCUGGAGAUGGCGUGACUGAAGCUUUGGUUGAAGGUUUAUCAGGGUUGAGUACUGGAGAUGCCGUGACUGAAGCAGCGUCAACCUCAACGGCUUCUGCUCCAUCCGGAUGCAACAUAGUUUAGCAGGGUGGGCAUUCCUCUUGCAUUGUAAGAAGCUCCGAGCCAAGUGAAGUUUGUUGCGUGUCAUGACUGGUUAUCAUGUAAUGGGCUCCGUUUGCCUGUGAACAACUCGAUAUGUUUUGCUACUUGUGUCCAUGGUAGUUUCCUUUUCGACCUGGACCAAUAUGUACUGAUACUAUGGCUCAUGGUACUGUAUGGCUCAUUUCACGAGCUGCCCUGACAAUGUGGAAGGAUCUAUAAGUUUGUUAUUGUUAUAUGCCUCUACUUACUUUUUU